GUGAAGCCUUUUAGUAAGAAGGGAGCAGUUCAGUUCUUCACUCUGGUGGCUUCCACCUGACCCUGAGGCAAUUUAGCAAACAGCCGUAGCCUACAAGUUUCCAAAGGUUGUCUUUGCCUUAGAUGGAGCCCAAAGAAGGUACUGGGAAAGAAAACAUGGGCACCAAGAAAAAGAAUCUGACCUUCCUGAGGCCUAGGCUCUAUAUGCUGGAGAGAAGGAAGACAGACACAGUGGUUGACAGCGGUGUUUCUGGGGACCACUCUGGUACUUUGAGGAGGAGUCAGUCUGACAGGACCGAAUACAACCAGAAACUACAAGAAAAGAUGACUCCGCAGGCCGAGUGUUCAACUGAGAUCUUAGCUCAGGAAGAAGAGCCUCAGAUGCAGAGAAUGAUGGCAAGGCGUUCAAAAAUCAUCAAGGAGCUGAUACAGACGGAAAAAGACUACCUCAAUGAUCUAGAGCUGUGCAUUAGGGAAGUGGUUCAGCCCUUGAGAAGUAAACAGAUUGAUCGGCUGGAUGUGGAUAGCUUGUUUAGCAACAUUGAGUCCGUGCAGCAGAUAUCAGCCGAGCUGCUGUCAUUGUUGGAAGAGGCCACAACAGACGUGGAACCUGCCAUGCAAGUAAUCGGAGAAGUAUUCUUGCAGAUUAAAGGGCCACUGGAAGAUAUUUAUAAAAUCUACUGCUACCACCACGACGAGGCACACAGUGUACUGGAAUCCUAUGAAAAGGAAGAAGAGCUGAAGCAACAUUUGAGCCACUGUAUCCAGUCCUUAAAGAAAAUAUACAUGCAAGAGGGCAAGCCAAACUUACUGGACAUGGGCUCUUUGAUGAUCAAACCAAUCCAACGUGUAAUGAAAUACCCUCUACUGCUCUGUGAACUCCAAGGCUCCACCCCUCCCUCUCAUCCAGACUUCAGGGCACUCGGGGAUGCCUUCACUGCGGUGAAAGACAUCAAUGUGAACAUCAAUGAAUUUAAAAGACGGAAAGAUUUAGUUCUAAAAUACAAGAAGAAUGAUGAGGAUGAAUCACUUAAAGAUAAAUUGUCUAAACUAAAUAUUCAUUCAAUUAGCAAGAAAUCAAAAAGAGUGACAAAUCAUCUAAAGAUUCUGACCAGAGGAGAAUCACAGGUGAAAGACGAUACCUUUAAUAGAGAAGAAAAACUAUUUAGAUCUUUAGAAAAGACAGUGAGGCAGUGUGUGAAGAACAUUUCACUCUGUCUUCAACACAUACAGGAUGCCACGCCCUUAGCGCUGCAGAGUGCAAUGGAGCUCCAGGAGAUCUCUGGCAACAAAGAUAAGGAGGAGAGGAGCGAUUCAGAGACCCUGAAUAAUGCCCUAAAUCACUGUGGGGACUUCGUGGCCCAUUUACAGAGGCUUGUCCUGAUGCCUCUGUCAGCCCUACUGUCCUUAUUUCCCGGGCCUCAGAAGCUCAUCCAGAAACGCUACGACAAAUUGUUGGACUGCAACAGCUAUUUACCACGGGCAGCAGGAGACGAGUCAGACUUGGCCAAAAAGGAAUACACGGCCCUCAAUGCCCAGCUUGUGGAGGAGCUCCAGGUGUUCAACCAAGCUGCCCGGAAGAUUCUGUGGAACUGUCUGUGUAGCUUCAUCACUGUCCUUGGCGACCUGACACUUGUGGCUCAGCAGGCUUAUUCCACAGUGGCGCCGGUCCCACUGCUGGCAUCAAGCAUCUCUGAAAUUCAGAAUCGAGUACUAGAAGAGGUUCAAAAUCUUAAUUUUGCAAAGGACAACAGUGCCACUUUUAUUGAGAGGAAACUUAGUUUUGAAAAGAAGAAGCCUGUGCAAAUUCUGCCUGAAGCGCUGCGUCAAACUGAUGCUCACCGCUCCAAACUUCUGUCCACAUACAAUAAAGAAGAACUCUACCAAGCGAAGCGGAAGUGCAAUGCUACACAAGAAUAUGACAUCAAUCUUCUGGAAGGGGACUUGGUGGCUGUGAUGGAACAGAAAGAUCCACUGGGGAGCACAAGCAGGUGGCUCGUUGACACAGGAAUUAUAAAAGGAUAUGUGUAUGCCUCCUUCUUAAAACCCUACAAUCCAGCGAAAGUACAGAAGGCGGAUGCUGAGAACAGGUUCUGUGAUGACGAUUUUGAUAACAUCAGCCUCUUUGUGUCCUCACGGCCAGCUAGUGACAGUGUCACAGGCACCCCAGAAAGUAGUGUAAGUGAGAGCAGCUCAUCUCUUAGUGGCACAUGUGGAAAGUUUGAAACAAACGGCACUGAUGCUGACAGUUCUCAAGAGGUAGAUGAACAGGUUUUCUAUGCAGUUCAUGCUUUUCAAGCACGAAGUGAAUAUGAACUCAGCCUUCAGGAAUACCAAAGAGUUCACAUACUUAGAUUUUGUGACCUAAGUGGCAAUAAAGAGUGGUGGUUGGUUGAAGCUCAAGGGCAGAAAGGAUAUGUGCCGGCUAACUACCUUGGGAAGAUGACUUAUGCUUAAGAAAAGAAGCCCUCAACUUUUGUUUUCUGGCAGGUUAUUAAUGGACUACCUCAUAAAACCUACAAAAUGUUGGCCUAGAAAUUGAGAAACCUCCAAACUACAUGAACUGAUACUGUCUCAAGCUUUAAGGAAGACUGCUUCCUAACAAAAUAUUUCAAAAUGCAUUCUGAAGAAUACAUGUUGAGGGAAACACUUAAACACAAACAGCAAAACAAACAUCUCCCGCUCCAGCUCCCAACUACUUAAAAAUGGAGAUCUUUGAUAAGUAUUCUUUAUCACCAUGAAAG